AUGUGCAGUCCGGACUCAAAAAGAUUGUACGACGAUUUACUGAAAAAGAGUCGGUACAACAAAUUGAUCCGACCGGUGACGAAUAAUUCCGACACUCUGAUGGUUAGAAUUGGAUUGAGGCUGUCACAGAUCAUCGAUGUUGAUGAAAAGAACCAAAUAAUGACGUCAAAUGUGUGGCUGGAUCAGCAAUGGUUCGAUUACCGACUGACCUGGCAUCCGAGCGAGUACGGAGGUGUGGAUCGGUUGUUCGUACCCUCAGAUGAAAUUUGGCUGCCAGAUAUUGUGCUCUACAACAGCGCUGACGGAAACUUCACGGUGAAACUGAUGACGAAGGCGACGAUAAACUGGAAUGGGCUGGUGAUGUGGAAGCCACCUGCCGUCUACAAAAGCCUCUGCCCCAUCGACGUCGAGUUCUUCCCAUUUGACGAGCAAUCGUGCACUCUGAAGAUCGGUUCUUGGACGUACGACGGUUAUUCGGUUGAUAUCCGACACAAAGAAUUACCGAUGCAGCUCAGUCCUCUCGAUAUUGGCAUCGAUCUGAGUGACUACUGCAAAAGCACCGAGUGGGACUUAUUAGCAGUUCCCGCAAAGAAAUUUGUCAAAUAUUAUCCGUGUUGCAAGGAACCUUAUCCAGAUAUAAAGUUUAACAUCACUAUUCGCAGGAAGACAUUGUUCUACACCGUCAACCUCAUUCUUCCAUGCGUUGCAAUCUGCUCAGUCACCCUCCUCGUCUUCUACAUUCCCGCCAGCUCCGGCGAGAAAAUAACCAUGGGAAUAACUGUCUUGAACUCGCUCAACAUUUUUUUACUAUUAGUAGCCGAGAUCAACCCGCCCACUUCUCUGGCCACACCUCUCAUUGGCAAGUAUUUGUUGUUCACCAUGGUGCUGGUCACGUGCUCCAUCAUCGUCACGGUCUUCGUCCUCAACAUCCACUUCCGCUCUCCUUCCACUCACAUCAUGUCGCCAUGGAUACGAGAACUCUUCCUGAAUGUUCUGCCGAAGUUGUUGCUGAUGAGGCAGAUUCAACAGAAGACUCUGAAGGUCAACGUGCGAACUGAGGCUGGGAGGGAGUUGAGAGAUUUCUUCAAACUGGACAGCAGCAGCACGCAUGCGUAUUCCUCCAUAAUAACGCCGACCCGUCCCGGCCACUUCGCCACCCAAUCAUCCUACAGGUUCAACAACGACGAAGACAGGGACUUUCUUCGCAGGGACUUCCACUCGAGACCCUUCCCCCAUCAAUCCCUCAUGAACGGCGCCAUGUACGGGGUCAGCUUCAUCUCUGACCACGUCAAACAGCAGGAUGACUUCAUGAGGGUGAAGCAUGACUGGCAGUACGUGGCGAUGGUACUGGACCGGCUAUUCCUCUGGGUGUUCACGUCGGCAUGUCUCGUCGGUACUUUUGGAAUUAUCGUCCAAGCUCCGACUCUGUACGAUUUCAGAAGUCCGCUAUUUACGUCACGAUGCACGUGA